AUGAGAAGCCAAAGCAAAUUAGGUGAUAGAAUAUCUGAUUUAGCGCAGGACUACUAUACAAAGCUUCUGUCUACAAGUAAACCUAUCACACGCUCCAAUGGUAUACAAGAAUGGACUGUUUUAGCUUGCGUUGUAGCCAUUGAUGAGAAAGAGGACGUAUUGAGAUUGGUUUCAUUGGCUACAGGAGUUAAAGCCACUCCUGAUGUAGAACUGCGCCGAAGUCACGGAAAGAUUUUGCACGAUUGCCACGCCGAGAUUUUGGCAAUUCGCGGAUUCAACACUGUAUUAAUGAAACAAGCAAUGUUACUGAAUAGUUGCAAUUCUCCAAGAGAUGUUGAUUUGAUAAAUGCUUGUUCCGAUGGCUAUAAGGUUAAGGAUUCAUGGGCUUUUGCUCUCUAUGUGUCACGAGCUCCCUGCGGUGACGCUAGUAUGGAUCUACUAGAGGAUAACGAUUCUGCCUACUUUACUGCCGAAAACUUGUGUCAAUACGUAGAUCCCAGCGUAAGGACUAUUUUGAGGGGUCGUUUCAAUUACAAGAAAAAAGGCUAUGUACGCACAAAGCCUGGGCGGAAGGACUCGAAUGUGACGCUUUCGAAGUCCUGUACAGAUAAGCUUUGCUGCCGCCAAAGUGUAUCUUUGCUCAAUGCAAUGAAUUGGGAACUCUUCGUUGAGCCUGUAUUUUUGAAAUACCUUGUAACUCCACAAGUUUCGGACACGCUUAGAAAUGCGUUCGAUCGCGCGUUCAAGACAAGGGUGCGAGACGUGCCUGGUUUGCAAGUAAUGGAACUUAUAUCAUGCUCAAAGAUGUUUACUGGCGAUAAACGAGAGGCAACAGAGUCGCCAGCACUUUUGGGAGGCAUUUUGCUCAACGUUAUCCCGCAGAACGUUCCCGAACAACAGUGUAUUAUUAAUGGUGUCAAAAAUGGCUCUUAUGUCAAGAGUCCAAAACCCUUGAGGAAAAACUGCGAAUCGCUGGUAAGCCGCGCAGCUCAAUGGAGCUUGUUUAAAAGACUAAGACCGCAAGAACACAAUAUCACUUACUGUAGUUUUAAAAACAAACAAAUCGGUCGGAAUGCUCUAAAAUUAAAAGUGAGACUUGCACUUUCUCGAGAUGGCUGGGUAGCUACGAAGCUCGACGACUGUACUUGA